CAUUCUUAUUGUGGUUACAGAUUUCAGCAGCUCACAAACUAAUCUCCAUUGCCUGCUGUGCUGGAAGGUGACAUAAUCCCCUCGCUAACAGGCUGGGAGACAGCACCGGCCAAUCAGAUGGCAUCGCCCAGUGACCAAUAAAGAGGCAGCUUACAUCCCAGCUUGUGGCAAGCAAGUGGUUCUGGUACCCAGGCAGCAGAGCUCCAGCUCGGCUAUGUGCGAGUGUCAGCCUGCGCCUGAUUUACGGCUCUGCUGAAAAGGGAUUUUUUUUUUCCCAGCAACAUCAGCAACAAGUCAGAAACAACAUCUUUGGGCAUUUGAGGUGAUGCAACAGAAAUCCUUUGAAGGAAGUAAACCUGCAUGGCCAGACUCUGUGAGAAAUGGCAACAUAUACAAGCCUUUCCGCUGCCCACAGUGUGGAGAAAAUGCCCGUUUCAGAAGCUUGUCUUCCUUGAGGGCGCAUCUAGACUUCAUGCACAGCUAUGAGGAAAGGUAUUUUUGUGGGAAAUCGGGCAUUUUUUGUGCCCUAAAUGAUAACGACCUUAAAGCGUCCAUAGGACCUCUGCAGGAGACGCAGAUAUAUGCUACAGAUAACGACUUAAAACCAAAAAGUAGCUCCCUGUCUUUUCAUGACCUGACAAACGAGUGCCGAAAGAUAAGCGUUCCCAUGGAAGUGUCUGAAAGGCCUUCACCUCUCCCCAAAAACCCUUAUCCACCUGACUCCCCAGGCCUUCAUAAUUCUCUCUCGGAGUUUCCUGCAAACAGGACUAAGCUGGAGCAGCGAGAGAAGGAUAUGCUCGACCAAAUCGUAGAAACUGUGGAUAAGACCAUCGAGAAAAGAAUUGAGAAACUUAACAAAGAACUUUGCCAAAAAACUUCAGAGCUGCUGGAAGUUCGGGCAGCUUUUCUGCAGCUCUCUCAGAAGAAACAGGAGGUCCAGCGGCGAGAGCGGGCACUCAGCCGGCAGGUUGACGUUGCGGUUGAGUUGAUUGCAGUGCUCAGGCAGCGGCUGACUGAAUCUGAGCAGGAACUUCAGAGGAAGGAGGAGCAAGUUGUUUCAAUCAACCACUUUCUGGAGGCGGCAGCUGAAAAGGAGUUUUACGGUAAAAGGCGGCUACAGCAUUUCAUCGAGAAUCUCCUACAGCGAGUGGAACUUGCCGAAAAACAGCUGGAAUAUUAUCAGAGUCGUCAGAUCAAGAACAGCCAAGCAAGCGUUGGUGAUGCAAUAGUUGGGCCAGUUCCAGCUAACAAGAAAAGCAAGUGCCAAAACCGUGGCAGUCACCACCCCGUAAAUGUUGUUCCUGAUGCCAAAGCUCCAUCUGCACAGAAAGGUCGAUCCUAUAUAAAUCGAGUGGGGAUCCAACCCAUGAAAUUGCUACACGAGUCUUCCGACUAUCCGAGGGACCUCUGGAAGCCACAGAAGAAAGGUGAUCCUUUGGUGUCCGCCAGAAAACUUCACAGCAAGUCCAAACUGGGGAAGAAAUCGGGCCCGUGCAGUAGUGUUUACAAGCAAUAUUAAAUCUUACAGAUAUAUUUUACACUUUCAUAAAGCCAGAAAAGCAUCGCUUUAAGGGCCAUUUAACAAGAUUGUUUUAGCUGGCAUAUGAUGUCCAUGGCAUGUUGCUGUGUCUGUAUGCAGGAUGAUUGGAUAUCACUUGGAGUUCCCAAUUGUAUCACUAGGUAUAAACUAAAUUCGUACGAGAUUUAGUUGCCUGUGUGAUGCUUCAUUUUCAUGUGCAUCACAUGAGUAGGCAAGCACUAUGUACAGUAGGAAAUGGCCCUAAGUUUCCUUAACAAGAUGCUAUUGAUUUGUAUAAAGUUGUAAUGAUAUGA